CUUGUUUUCAACGCAGCGCGGGAGAUUUAGGAGAAGAGGAGCUGUGGAGUUGAAAGUGGAAACUUGUGUUGGUCUGUUAAAAUGCCUUGUGAGAGGAAGCCGAUGCGCUACGGUCACUCGGAGGGACACACCGAGGUCUGCUUCGAUGACUCUGGGAAGUUCAUUGUUACCUGUGGGAAUGACGGAGAUGUUCGCAUUUGGGAAAGUCUGGAUGAUGAUGAUCCAAAGUUCAUCACUGUUGGAGAAAAGGCUUUUUCUCUGGCACUCAGGAAUGGAAAGCUGGUGACGGCGAGCUCCAACAACACGGUUCAGAUCCACACGUUUCCUGACGGGGAUCCAGACGGCAUCCUGACCCGCUUCACCACCAACGCCACACAUGUCACCUUCAACAGCAGCGGCUCCAGAGUCGCUGCCGGAUCCAGUGACUUCAUGGUGAAGGUGGUCGACGUGUCGGACAGCAGCCAGCAGAAAACGCUGCGAGGUCACGAAGCUCCGGUUCUCAGUGUCGCCUUUGACCCCAAAGACGACUUCUUGGCUUCUGCCAGCUGUGACGGAUCAGUUGUAGUUUGGAAUAUUGAGGAGCAGACUCAGGCGAUCAGUUGGCCUCUGCUGCAGAAAACGAACGAUGUCAGUAAUGCCAAGUCUUUGUGUCGGUUAUCGUGGCAACCGGGUACAGGGAAGUUUUUAGCGGUUCCUGUAGAAAUGAAGGUUCACCUGUAUGAACGAGGCUCCUGGGACCAUGUGAGCAACUUGUCUGAUGAUCUGCUCACUCAGCCCAUCAACGUGGUGGCCUGGUCUCCAUGUGGUCGUUUCUUAGCAGCAGGCAGCGUUGGAGGUUCAAUGACGGUGUGGGACGUCAACAGUAAAGUUUGUGUCGAGAGGCAGAAACAUGAAAAAGGAUUCACGGUUUGCAGUUUGUCCUGGAAUCCUUCAGGCAGCCAGAUCGCCUACACCGACACCGAGGGCUGUCUGGGAAUGUUGGACGGAUUCAGCUCCUCCACAACCGACACCAACAAGCAGGUUCCUGUUAAAAAAACAGCGAAAGACUACGACGACCUGUUUGACGAUGACGACGACAGACUGAUGGAUGAAGGACUGAGCGACACAAACUCUCCGGUUAAGAAACCGGUUGCUGCAGACGACGAUGAUGACGAUGAUUUCCUGAUGCCAGCGACUGGCCGGGUGAGGAACAGAGGAGCCAUCCUGGACGACGAGAACUCACUGGAUACGGGGUCGCUGAGACUCGGUCAGGAUAAAUUCGGAGAUGAUGAUGAUGCCGGCAGCACUGUGGAGCCUACAGCAGCUCCACUGGUUCCCCUUCGUCCCGUCUACGAAGGACCGAUGCCGACUCCUCCUCAGAGAGCCUUUCAGCCCGGAUCCACUCCUGCUCAUCUCACACAUCGCUUCAUGAUGUGGAACUCUGUGGGGAUCGUUCGAGGCUACAACGACGAGCUGGACAACGCCAUCGACGUGGAGUUUCACGACUCGGCAGUGCACCACGCCAUGCACCUCACCAACUCUCUGGGUCACACCAUGGCCGAUCUUUCCCAGGAGGCCGUGCUGCUGGCCUGCCCCAGCACCGACGAGCUCGCCAGUAAGCUGCAGUGCCUCCACUUCUCGUCGUGGGACACCAACAAGGAGUGGAUGGUCGACCUGCCACAGGGCGAGGAUGUCAAGGCUCUGUGUCUGGGUCAGGGCUGGGCGGCCGUCGCCACCAACACACUGAUGCUCAGGAUGUUCUCCAUCGGAGGAGUCCAGAGAGAAAUCUUCAGCCUGCCGGGGCCGGUGGUCUGCAUGUCUGGACACGGAGAGCAGCUGCUCAUCGUCUACCAUCGAGCUACAGGUUUUGACGGUGAUCAGGCUCUGGGUGUUCAGCUGCUGCAGUUCAGUCGGAGGAGGAGGCAGAUCAUCAACGGAGAGCCUCUUCCACUGUCUCACAAAUCCCACCUGUCCUGGCUGGGAUUCACUGCAGAGGGGACUCCGUGCUACGUGGACUCAGACGGGGUUGUUCGGAUGCUGAACCGAACUCUGGGAAACACGUGGACGCCGGUUUGUAACACCAGAGAGACCUGCAAGAGCAAAUCGGAUCACUACUGGGUGGUCGGAGUUCACGAGAAUCCUCAGCAGCUCAGGUGUAUUCCCUGUAAAGGCUCCAGGUUUCCUCCGACUCUGCCCAGACCUGCUGUGGCCAUCCUGCCCUUCAAGCUGCCGCUGUGUCAGACCAGCACAGAAAAGGGGCAGAUGGAGGAGCAGUUCUGGCGUUCAGCUCUGUUCCACAACCACUACAGCUUCCUGUCGUCCAGCGGCUACGAGAUCAACGAGGAUGGACAGAAUCAGUCCCAGAAGGAGCAACAGGAGCUGCUCAUGAAGAUGUUUGCACUGUCCUGUAAGCUGGAGCGAGAGUUUCGCUGUGUGGAGCUGGCUGAGCUCAUGACUCAGAACGUGGUGACUCUGGCCAUCAAAUACGCCUCCCGAUCCAGACGGAUGGUUCUCGCCCAGCGGCUCAGCGAGAUCGCCCUGGAGAAAGCCAACCAGAUCCAGGAAGAAGAGCGGGAGGAGGAGGAGCCGGAGUACUCCAGCUACAGACGGACCUCUGGGUACGACCAGACCGAAGUCUCAGGAGGACGUUACAGCAGCAGCAGAUAUAAUCAGGAGGAGGAAGAGGAAGAACAAGGAGGAGAGGAGGAGGAGGAGGAGGACGGACAGGAGAUGGAGACUGAGGAGGCAGCAGAAACUAAAAGACGUGUGAAUCCGUUCGCUAAAGAAGCAGCUUCACCUGUAACACCGUCUCUGACUCCAAUCGGUAAAGUCGGCCGUGCAAAUCCUUUCAAGGUCCUCGGUUCUGGUAAACCGUCGUCUUCGUCUGGUCAACCUCGAGUCACAAACAUCCUGGACAACAUGACGUCCAGCAAGAAGUCGACUCCACUCAGCGGCUCUGCAGGGAAACAGAACAAAACCCCGGUCCUCAAACCAUUGGCACCCCGACCCAAAACUAAGACUCAGGCCACUCUGCUGCAGAUGACCGGCAAUAAAACAUCUAAUAAGAAAGCUCAGGAGAACACAGAACCGGCUGCAGAUCAGAAACAACCAGACGCUCCUCCACCAGCUUCACCUGCAGAAAACACUGAAAACAAAAGGCCGAAGACGGGCUUCCAGCUGUGGUUGGAGGAGAACAGGAAGAACAUCAUCGCCGAUAAUCCAGAUCUGGAGGAGACGGAGAUCAUCAAAGAGGCCAUGGGGAAGUUCAGGACGCUGUCAGCAGAAGAGCGACUGUCGUGGACAGAAAGAGCAAAAGGCCAAAGUGGAGACGCAGCAGAUGUGAAGAAGAGGAAAAGAGCAGAAGGAGGAGAAGAUGUGGAAAAUAAAAAUGAAAAUACAGAAGCUGAUGAAAACAGUGCGAAGAAGAAGAAAUCUCUAGAUCCUUCCUCAAAGCUGUCGGUGUUUGCAUUCAACAAAAAUUAGACCUCAGGUGGAGACUUGAUACGUUUUGUCUUCCAAACAUCUUAAAUCUGUUUGUGCUUUGAGGCAGAUUUAAAGCCUUAAAUGACCUCAAUGUUAGGAGUGGAUCAGUGACUUUAACCUGUUCUGUUGUUUAUGAUGAAGAGCGCUACAUUCUGUUUGUUUUUACCUUCACAACAUUUUUAGAAACAAUUUACUGUAUUUUUACAAAUUAAUAAAAAUAAAUGCAAAUUCACAAUUUA